AUCCCGUCCGUCGGUUAGACUAAGUCAGUCCACUUUCGCUCCAAUCUGUCGUGGUAAUUAGCGCGUAGUGUACUGUGUCGAGUGUGUCGCGUGUCUUGCUGACUGGAAGGAUUGAGCUAUCUUUUUUAUUACUUGAUCGAAUACCCUUUGCGGUGAUGAUAGUCCUCCGCAAUGGAUACUCGAAGAUCGCAUACGGAUUAAGUUUACAGAUCUAAUUGAUACUAUGCAGGUCCCUACCUAGGUAGGCUACGAAGUAGUUUAGAUCUGAUCUGAUAAACCUUUUUUAGAAGAACAUACCUAACCUACGUAUCUGCACUCUCUCUGCACUCUCCACACCAUACAUAAAUCGGGAGCCUUUUCUCAUACUGUCGCACUUGUUCUUCAAACGUACACCAAAGUAAAAAGGUCAAAAAGAACGCACGAGGAUAGGUAGAAGGAAAGACAAAAGUCAAAAGGCUCCCAGCUGUAUGCUGCUUGGUUGUCUCUUCAUUCGCUCCAUCUCUUCCUCGAUCGCGACACUACUCUUUUACAUAUCUACGUGAUAGACCACUUUUCUCGUUAUUGCCGUUCAUUAGCACUGUAUAUUCCCCCAACAUGACGGACGUUAAGAUGCCCGACAUUGUCGGCGACGAGCCUAAGGCGGCACCAAGCGAUGACGCGCCCGAUAUCGAGCGUCCAGCCUCGAGCGGCACCGAAGUCACGCAGGAGGGUGUGAAAGCAAUGGAAGCUAUAUCGAUGACUUGGUCGAAAUGGGGUCUGGUCGCCGCGUACUUUGGCAUCUUCCUCAUGGCCUUCACCACUUCUCUCGAAGGACAGGUCACAUACAAUCUCACCGCCUUUGCAACAAGCUCAUUCAGUAGCCACUCGCUCAUUGCCACCGUCUACGUUAUCCAAGGAGUGGUUAAUGCUGUCAUCAAACCGCCCAUGGCUAAGAUCGCCGACGUAUUCGGCCGGCUCGAGGCGUUCACGAUAUGUAUCAUCUUAUACGUGCUCGGCUACAUCCAGCAGUCCGCCUCAAAGAACGUCCAAACAUUCGCAGCGGCACAAAUAUUCUACUCGGCGGGAUCUACCGGUCUACAAAUCCUACAGCAGAUUUUUAUCGCCGAUACAAGUGAUAUGCCCAACCGAGCCCUAUUUUCCAGUCUACCUGAUACUCCUUUUCUCGUAACUACUUGGAUUGGUUCCAUAAUCGCUAACGCCAUCAUCUCUACUACAACCUGGCGCUGGGGAUAUGGUAUCUGGGCCAUCAUCUUGCCGGUGACCUUUCUGCCCCUCGCAUUGACUCUAUUGCUGAACACUCGCCGCGCGAGGAGGAUGGGGCUGCAGCAACCCACGCGCAAGUUCGCGAAGGGCAAACCCUUGACCGUGGUUACCACAUUUGUCACUAACCUUUGGAAUGAACUGGACAUCGGUGGUAUCAUACUGCUAAGCGCGUCUUUUGCUCUGAUCCUCAUUCCCCUAACGUUGACCAAGUCAGCUCCGGGCGGGUGGCAGAGCCCAACGAUUAUUGCCCUCAUCGUGGUUGGCGGUGUGUUGCUCAUCCUGUUCCCAUUGUGGGAGAGCUCGAAAAGGCUCGCUCCACACCCCCUGAUUCCCCUUGAGCUGCUCAAGUCGCGCACCUUCUGUGCAGGCUGUGGUAUUGCCUUUUUCUACUUCAUGGUCUUCUACAUGUCUGUCCAGCCUUACUUCUAUUCGUAUCUUCUCGUUGUGCAGCACCAAGGAGUCACAGCCGCAGGCCAUAUCACGCAGGUCUUUUCUUUCUCUUCGACAGUCACUUCCAUAGUCGUGUCCCUCUUGAUCAAGUAUACGCGCCACUAUAAGUACUUCGUGACGUCGGGCGCGUUGAUCUACUUACUAGGCAUGGGCCUGAUGAUCCGAUACCGCACGAUGAACACGACCGUAGGCUCACUGGUCGGAACACAGAUCGCCGUUGGUAUCGGCGGCGGUAUGCUGAACGUACCGGCGCAGCUUGGAGUUCAGGCCUCGGCAAGUCACCAGCAGGUCGCAGCGGCGACCGCCGUGUUCUUAACGGUGCUCGAGAUCGGUGGUGCUGUGGGAUCAGCCAUAUCUGGAGCCGUGUGGACGCAUCUCGUGCCCUAUAAGCUGUCACAAUAUCUCCCCGCCGACGUGCUCUCUGAAGCAAGUACCAUCUUCGGAGACGUCAACGUAGCGAGCGACUACACUACUUAUCCUACCGGCUCGGCCGCUCGCAUGGCCAUCAACAGAAGUUAUCAAGAGACAAUGCAUGUGCUUCUCACCAUCGCUAUCGCCUUCUGCGCGCCGAUUGUCAUCCUGUCGUUCCUCAUGCGGGACUAUAAGCUGGAUGACAUCAAGCAGGGGGUCAAGGGUAAGGUCAUCGGUGGGGAUACAGGUGAGGACGAGAAGAAAUAGAUAAAUGUCUGAACAUAGGAGUGAAAGCAGAAUUUAAAUCCAAGAACGUGCUAUUUACGUUUUUAGUCAAGCGAGCAUGAACGCGCACAACUAUUCCAAGGUCUUCAGUGUUAGCUCAAAAGCAAAGGCAAGGAUUCAGCAAGGCGUUGUUAUCAUACUACUCCCGUAGUAAUGUAAGCAAGGUGUAACGGCAUGAAGCCGCCGAAUAACAAGGUCGAUAGUAAGUGUAUAGUCAAACCAAUAGCUAAAGC